GUCAGCCUAUAGCUAACUCGCCGAAGUCUAGUAUACCACGCUAUUCAUGUAACAGCACAACGUUUACAUACUCUUUGGUCUUUCACUUAACCCUGACGCGACGUCUUCUGCGGAACACUUAUCAGGGUAUAGGCUUAGGAAACGUAAAAAUGCAGAACAUAUUGCUUUCUGCGUCUAGACUAGGAUCUCGCUUGUUGAACACUGGGACCGUGCCCGCUUUGUCACAAUGCCUUGCGGGUGGACUGUCGGCGCCUUCAGCUCAGCGGUUGCCAGCCUGUGUCCCAGCAAUCUUCUCAUCCUUCGCUUCUUCUUCUCCAGCUGGCGGUAGCAAUGCAAUGGCGCUCUCCACUUCCUCUUGCGCUAGCGCUGAUGGAAACGCGCUCGAUGCCGCGUCUACGUCCUCCUCGCUGCGACCUAUUGCUUCACGAUCCGCUCCUGCCCUUCAUAUUGAUGGCUCGCGCCGGGCUGACCCAGGGGAGGCACGCUACACAGCCCCAUACUGGAUACCCGAGGAUGUCCGCCGCGAACAUCGGCUUCCCAACGUGCUCUUUACCAACCCCUGGCCCUCCCACGACGAGCCCGAGCUCCGCCGCCAGCACGCCCGGCUCUGCCUUGAGCAGCUCCGGCGGGCGGGGCGGCCGCUCACAGCCGAGGAGAUUCGUGAGGCAGUCAAUGCUGAGCAGCGCGAGCUGUACGGCGAUGCCGCACCGCAGCUCGCCACCCCCGCCUACGCCAAGCAGCUGCUGGAGCACAUGCGCCGCACCCGGCUGCUGUUCGGCAGGAAGAACCCCGAGUCGCUGCUGAGCGCGGGCCACCCCGACCACCCGCGCUUCUACGUGCUGCUGCCGUACCAGGCGGCCCGCAUGGGGCAGCCGGAGCAGCUGGCGGCGGAAGACGCGGCGAAGCGGGAGGCGGCGGUCAAGAAGGCCGUCAGGCGCCUGCGCAACUCCAAGCCGCCCUUCGCAAUCCACCGCAGGCGCGCCCACUUUAGCAUGUGGCAGCACGAGCUGGCGAAUGAGGCCAUCCGGGACGCAGUGCAGAGCGCGUGAGGCAGGCGGCUGGGGGCUGAUGCUGGCGGGAGGGGAGGCCGGAGCUGCUGCUGUCGGGGGGGCCCAGGAGCUGCUGCUGCCAGGGGAGGCGGCUGGAGCUGAUGCUGCGGGCGGGGGGGGGGCUGUUGCGAGGGAGCUUGCGUUUCUGCAUGGAGAUAGGAAGGUGCAGAGCGCUUGUCGGCGUUACGGUCAGCAUCGCUUGGCUCUGGGGGCCAUAUGAGUGGGUCAGCUACGCAUGCGGCGUGCGGUGCGGUGCGAGGGCGCCACUGGUGCGGCGGGGGGCGUGCGGGCGGGGCAGGCGGUGAGGCAGACGGUGCGGGGGGAUGUGCGGGCGCACGGGAGGGGCGGUAUCGGCUGCCUUCCCUUGCCUGCACUCGCCUUGCGUUCAGGAGGGUAUAGGGGAUAGUGGGUGUAUGGUGUCAUGGCGGUGUGAGCGGAGGCGGAGGAGGACGCGGAGGAGGGACCUCAGCUGGCUGUUGGGGUGCAGGGACGGCUGAUGCGGCGGCAGGGGCACGGGCGCAUGGCCCUUGAGAGGUGCAUGGAGGCUUAUCCGGCCGGUCGUGGGAAGCCAGCAGGGGCUGUUGGACGGGUAGAGAGGUCCAGUGCGUCGCGCGGUGGCGCCCUGGGGCCCUCUGGUGUGGCAGAGUUCGUGACUGGGCUGGAGGUCGGGCUCUAUAGCGGCCUGGGGCGCUAGAUGGCCCCAUCCUAUAACCUUUGGCAAGCGGCGUACUGCUUAACCGAAUUACUUGUAAUCACGUGCCGUACCA